AUGCGCGACCCAUCGCCCUUGCUCGCCUCAAGGCCGUCGCGCCGCUACCUCAACCCGAGUCACAAGCCCGCGUGGUAUGCGGCUCGGCAAAAGACAAUCACUCGCGCCCAGAAGCGGGUCGAGCGCAGGCUGUGGCCGAUCUUCGGCCUCGCCUUCGCCUUUGACCGCCGCAUCGAUCUAGACGCCGCCUUUGGCCGCUCCGCUGUGGACCGCUCGGCGCUCGUGCUUGAGAUUGGGUGCGGCUCCGGCGAGGCGCUGUGCUCGCUUGCGGCGUCGCACCCGGACGCCGACUUUGUCGGUGUCGACUGGUUCCGAGGCGGGCUUGCUGCCGCCAUGCAGGGCCUCGACGAGGCUGGUGCCGCCGCCAACGCGCGGCUGGUGCGGGCGGACGCGGCGACUCUGCUGCGCGACGGCCUGGAGGCGCGGCGCGCGCUCGACGAGGUGCUCGUCUUCUUCCCGGACCCGUGGCGCGGCUCCGAGGGGAGGCGUAUCGUGCGACCCGAAGUGGUGCAGUCCCUCUCGCCGCUUAUGCAGGACGGCGGCCGGCUGCACCUCGCAACCGAUGUCGAGGGCUACGCCGACGAGGCACGCGCGGUCCUCGCGAGCUGCUGCGACGCGGAGGCGCGCUGGGAGGAGGUGGCGUGCGACUGCUGCCUGCCGCGGCCGUCGACCAAGUAUGAGCGCGACGGGAUCGCGGCGGGGCGGGGCGUGAACGACGUGUGCUGGAGGUUUGUGCGAGGGAGCGUCGUGCGCGGCUGCGGGGACUGA